GAAGGCGGAGCUAGCUCUCGUUGGCGCAUGCGUGAGGAGCUGUCGGGGAAGGGACCAAGAUAGGGGUGGAACCUUCUCUGUGAGUGGCAUCUCAUGGGCGAGACCUGAGGGCGGAACCAGUGUAGUCAGUUGCCGGUUGACACCGCGGCUGGGCCCGGAUUGUGGAGCAGGACAGGCGCGGCCCUGGAUCCGAGCGGACGCCAUUGGUUGCCCAUGAGGAUCUGGACCAGGUGGCCAGAACUGUGUACCGGAAGAUGGAUCGGUUGUACCAGGGGAAGAUGUACUUCCCGGGAUAUUUCCCCAGUGAGCUUCGAGUCAUAUUCCGCGAGCAGGUGCAUCUCAUCCAGAAUGCCAUCAUCAAAAGCCAAAUCAACUGUCAGCGUCACUGUGGCAUCUUUCAGUACAAGACCAUCUCCUGCCAUAACUGCUCUGACUCGCAUGUCGUCUGCUUUGGCUACAACUGCGAGUCCUCCGCAGAGUGGAAGAGUGCUGUGCAGGGCCUUCUCAUUUACAUAUCUAAUUGGAACAGAUCUAAUUGGAGGACAGGACACCAGCAUGAGGUAAGGCCUGGCACCCCAGAGGAGGGCAGGAGGGAGUGGGGGGAGAGGGUGCUGCGGGGUCCUCUGGGUCAGUGGGGACGGAUGAACAGGGGUGUUGGGCAGGGUGGGCACUGCGGCCAGGGCUCUCUGUGUACCUGGGACCACUGGCCACCUGUUCCACCACCUUACCCACGUAACACCACUUGGUCAUCUCAUGAACGAACUGCCCUCUUCUUCCUGCAUCUUCUUGCCUGGGACACGCAGAGCUACCCCAGCCUUCCUAUCACCAAGCAUCUUGUGUCUGGAGCCGCAGCACCUGGUCAACCUGACCUUGGAGAACACCUCGGAGUGUCUGACCCAGCACUGACAGGAGCUGCAGCCGAGACCAGGAACUCAGCUGGCUGAACUGGCCUGUCCCUCUGCCUUGGGUUCCCUCCAGCCCUCAGAGGGCCUGGGGCUGGGCUGGGGCAGGGGCAAGGGGCAAGUUUGUAUAUAGCAUCAGCCUUGGGCAGGGCCAUCAGGCCAUUUAUGACAAUUAAAAGUGCCUAACAUUUCUCAAGGAGGGUCAGUUCUUGUAACGUCAGGAGGAACAGUUCACAGGGAUAAAGAGCAGGUGGUGGGAUUUGGAGGCCUAAAGGUCCCCGCCUGAGCACAGGGGUGGAUCUGAGCCUCAGGCAGAGAUGAGGGAAUGGAGAGCCAGGGCUGACCGGAGAGGUACCAAGGGUCCCCAAUAUUUCACUCUGGUCCACUUUGGCAAACUUGGACAGGCUUAUGGGAAGUUUUUUUUUCUUCUUUUUGGGGUGUCGGGGAUGGAACCAGGGCCUUGUACAUGCUAGGCAAGGGCUUGCCACUGAACCACAUCCCCAGCCCUUUUCUGACAGGCUCUUCCUAAAUUGCCUAGGCCGGUCUUGAACUUGUGAUCAUCCUACCUCUGCCUCCAUAGCUAGGAUGACAGGCAAGUGCCACUGCACCUAGCAAGGAAUUCUUUUUGAUGACACAGAAUGAGGCUGUAGUUGGGUGAAGCCAGGUCAGCUUUCAGUGUGGUGUUCAGGUCACGUACGCUGGAGCCAGGCUAAAGAAGCAGGAAGCUUGGGCCUUGGGCAUCCUUUCUUGGAGGCACCAACACUGGGCAGCUUUGGCCCAGAUCUGUGUGGGGUGGCAGAGGACAUGCGCUCAAGGGCCCAGCGUAGGGCUCAGUCCUUUUUCAUGAUCCCCGACCUGGGCUGGAGGGUUCCCUUGCUGUCUUUAGCUGCUCAUCCUAGGGGUCUGCUGGCCCCGUGAGGGUUUUGAGGUUCUACCCAGUGCUUUUCUGCCCGAAUUCCUAGGAGGAACAGGCAAUCAUGUGGACCAGCACACAGGCUCCUGAGGUCUGCCCUGCCUGCCACACAGACUGGGAAGUCAGAGCCCCACUUGGCUGGGCACCCACACACAGAUGCCAGGAACCACUGGAUAAGCAGCACCCCAUUUGUGCUGCUACUGACUAGUGCCGUCCUCUAAGGGUCCUGGCAGCAUGGGGGUAAGGGCAACAGAGAGGUCCCCGGGUGUUUUCAGCCAGAAGGGUUUCCCAGGAGGGGUGCUGGCAUGGGGCGGGUAGCCAGGGUCAGGCAGGCCCAUGAUUCCCCGUGCCUCUCUCCUGCUGACCAAGUGAACUUUGUUCAACUGUCCCUGGUCUACUCGGGAUCAGUGAGGCCAGUCACUCUUCCAUGGCCUUUAGCAGCCUCUGCUCCCACUCACCUCACAGCUAGGAGCCAAGGGUUCUCCAGGGAAGGCAGAGCAGGCAACAGCGCCCUGUUCAUGGGCCAGAAGUCUGGACGCUGUGAAGGGGACCUCGGUCAUCUCCCAAGGG